AUGCUUUCAAAAGCUUUCACUACAGCCGCUAUGGCUCUGGCCUAUGCUGGCAUGGCCUCUGCCCAAACAUUCACAGAAUGCAACCCCCUCGAGAAGACUUGCCCUCCCAACCCUGCUUUCGGAGACCAAAAGAUUGACUGUGACUUCGCCAAGGGAGAGUGCAGUGCUUUCCACAACAUGAUUGCCACAGAUAUCAAGUACAACGAGCAAGGUGCUCUCUUCCAGAUCAACUCGGAGACUGAGGCUCCUACAAUCCGAUCAGACAACUACCUCAUGUUCGGCCGACUUGAUGUCGUCGUUCAAGCUGCCAAGGGUGCUGGUAUCGUCACCAGUGUUGUUCUUCAGUCUGACGAUCUCGACGAGAUUGACUGGGAAUGGACUGGUGGUGAUGAUGCUCGUGUCCAGUCCAACUACUUCGCCAAGGGUGACACUACCUCCUACGACCGAGCUAUCUACCACCCCGUCAGCACCCCUCUUGACACCACCCACAAGUACUCUGUUGAGUGGACAUCCAAGAAGAUCGACUGGCUCAUUGACGAUGUCGUUGUCCGAACCUUGAACGCUGCUGAGGUAGCUAACCGUAAGGGUUAUGAGAUGCCCCAGACUCCUAUGCAAGUCAAGCUUGGAACUUGGGUUGCUGGUGGAAAGAACAGCAACGAGGGAACCCGAGAGUGGGCUGGUGGCUACACCGAUUUCAAGCAGGCUCCUUUUGAUGCUUACUACCGCAGUGUCACCAUCAUCGACUACGCUGGUAAGGACGCCCCAGGCAAGAGUGGUGCUAAGGAGUACGUCUGGACCGACAAGACCGGUUCUUGGGAGAGCAUCGAGGUCAAGAAGACUCUGUCUGAGGGCAACGACGAGGAGACCAGCGCCAGCACCACUGUUUCUAAGCCUACCCAGACUGCUCAACCUACCAAGACCAAGACUGAGGCUCACACCACUAUUGUUGAGGAGACCACCAGUGUUGUUCUGACCAAGACUGAGACUGCCCAGCAUGAGUCUAAGACCCACGAGUCCAAGAUCCUUGAGACCAAGGUUGUUGAGACUAAGACUGAGUCUGCUAAGGAGACCAAGAUCACCGAGGUUGCUACUACCUUCUCCACUGCUAAGGCCACUGCCACCGCUGUUGCCAGCACCGUGACCACUGAGGAGGCUGCUGCCACACCUACUGAGGGCUCCAACUCUGGUUCUGGCUCCGACAAGUCCGAGUCUGACUCUAGUGCCGACUCUGGAUCCAAGCCUGAGGUCAACCCUGGUACCAACUCCGGUGCCGCUGUCGAUCCCGCCACUCCCAGCGGCACUGCCACUGAAGCUGCCCCCAGCGAUACCACCCCCAUCGCCGUCAACUCUGGCUCUCGCAUGACUGGCAGCGUCGUUACCGCCUUUGCCGGUCUCAUGAUUGCCCAGAUCCUCAUCUAA